AUCUAAAUAUUUCUAACAGUUGUAACAGGCGAGAGUGUGACAUAGAUUGCAUCGCGAUCAUUCUUACUUUCUACCUACCGCGACUGGUCUACUUCCGCGACAAAACUUCUCUUCGACAUAAUACAUAAAAAAGUUAUCCUAACAAGGAUAAAGAAAUAUAGAAUGCUGUGUCAUAUUUACUCUUAGAACUGUAGAGACAGAUCGUUGUACUUCAAUAUGAAACUAUUGCUAUGUCUAAAUUUGUUUUUCGUGUACGUCGUUGCCAUUCCUUAUAAAGCCAUCGAUAGCAGACAAGAUUACGCUACUUCCGGUACGAGUCACAUAACAAACACAUACGCUCUACCCGAUUCGUACGAAUAUGAAGAAUACGACGAAGCCUUAAUUCCGGCCGGAACGGAAAGGGUUAAGAAAUAUCCUGUUGGAAGUGGUCAUGUCUCCGUACCUGGAGGCAAAGGUUACGUCAGAGCGGGUGCCUAUCAAAGUGGUUAUUCUGGAUCAUUUUCUUUCGGUGAUCCCAAAUUCGCGCUCGAUGCAGGAUUCAAUGUUAAAAAACUGCAAAAACAAUUACAUAAAUUUAUUCAAAGUACCAUCGGUUCUCCACAAGAUAUUGUUAGUGAUAUUUUUGCUGAUUUACCAUUUAUCGGUUAAAUUAAUUGGAAAAAUCACAUAUACAUUUUCACUUUUGUGGAUGCUGAUCGAGUCUUACGUAAAUGAUUCAGUUUAUGUAAUUUCCUAUUAUCGUGUUAUUAUAUAUUUAUUCGUUAUUAUUUAAAGUAGUGUAGUGAUUGGA